UGACUCAGUUAAAGUCUUCUUCUGGAUUGGAUUUAAAUAAAUUCCUCAGCAGUUCUCCCCCAGACUCCAGUACUGCCCCAUCAGUACCUGCUACUGGUCCAUCCUCCAAUAUAUCAGCAGUACUAGCACUCACAUCUCUAAUAAAACAACAACAAAGUCUAUCACCACAACAUCAAAACUCAUCCCCUCAGAAAAACCACACCCCUUUACCAGGAGGUGUGUCUCUCUCUAGCCCAUCGUCCCAGGAUCCUGUGAGUCUUCAAGCCUUGGUCUCCAUGGCUAAUAUGAGGUCUCCUCUUGGUCCCUCUCCUGAUAAGGUUUCUGUCCCUACUCUCAUGUUAACAGUCUCACCCUCGUCUCAGGCUAAGACCCCUACUAGUGUGACCACGCCCAUAUUGACCACGCCUACUAGUGGUGACACGCCCACUCCAGUGAUGCAGCGGUCUAGUCCUAAGAAGACUGGCUCACUGUCCUUGUUUUAUAGAAAAGUGUAUCAAAUGUCAUAUUUACGUAUUAAAGACCUUUGUGAGAGACUGAGACUGGAACAUGACACAAUACAAAAAGUGUGGACUUGUUUUGAACAUUGUCUGGUGUGUUUUCCUGACAUGAUGAAGGACAGGAAUAUUGACCAACUGAUAAUGUGCUCCAUUUAUAUUGUAGCUAAGGUAAUUAAUAAUAAUAAUAAUAAUAAUAAUAAUAAUAAUAAUAUAUCACUUUAAUCAGGAGCCCAUAAAAGAAAAA